AUGGAUAGGUUCCAAGUUGAGAAUGAACAACUGCUUCGCUUUUAUCAGUUGAAGACCAUUAAUCCGACCCAUUCAUGGGUACAAGAUUCGUCAAAAUUAAAUAAUGAUGAGACUACGACUAAUGAAAUUGGCGUGGAGUCGUCGUUCGACAUAUUGAAAGACUUCAUAUAUGGCAAUCAAAUUAGCAUUGAUAAGGAGUCGAAGGCAUACUUAAAUGAUGAAUCCUUAAGUUAUAUCAAAGAUCCCUUGAAUGGUCAAGAAAUGUCGAAAGAAUUACAGAAUUUACCAAAUGACUCAACGCGGUUGAAAUAUCUCGUGAACAGUAAACAAUUUAACGUCAAGGCCUUUUUAAGAGAUAUGCACAAACAGGACUCCUUUAACGAUCUAAAUAACUCGUUAGACAAGUUGGACAGUGACAUACAAGAUCAAUCCAAAAAUCUGAAACAACUGGUUGGUAAGAAUUUCACCAAGUAUGUUAAAAUUAAGAAUAAGCUAGAUCAAAUUUACAAGGAAUUUGACGAGAAAACGAAUGAAAAAGACGAAGCUAAUUCACCAAAGGAAAAUCAAAUAAAUGUGGAAAGUUUGAAUAGAAAAGCAGAUGAGCUUAUUAGAGCAACAACCUUCAAACUGAAACCUUUAAUGGAUAACUAUCAAAAAAUUUUGAAUUACCAAGCCACCAAAAAGUUCAUUGAACAGAAUAAGUUUUACUUUAAUUUACCUAAAUCUUUGAAAAAUUGUUUGACGAAUAACGAUUUCAACGAGUUCAUGAUCCAAUAUUCAAAAGGCCUUGUUGUUCGUCAUGGUUUCAGCCAGAGUUCGGACACUUCACAAUCGCUAAUUAUCAAAAGAAUUUGGUCUCAAGUAGAAAGUAUAUUAACUAUCUAUAAAAACCUGAUUUGGAACAGUUUGAUAAAUUCAAAUUUUAAUGUUGACCAACCUCAAGAAACGAUUUUGUCCCUCUUUUCAAAAUUAUUAAAUUUAGAAAACUUUAUCAAUAAUAAUCAGAACAAAAAUCAAGAUGGUGACAAAAACACUACUUCAGCAUUCAAUGAAAAUCCAAUUUUAAGAUGGAUGUCCAUCAAAUUAAAAAGUUUUCAAAAUGACCUGAGCGAGUUGUCUGGUCAUAUGAUUAAUAAAAUUAUCCACUCUCAAAAGCUCAUAUUACAAAACAAUACUAACCAAGAUAGUAGCAAAGGAUGCGUUGAGCUUUCGUAUUACUUGAAAAUCAACCAAUUGUUUCAAAUUAUUAAUGAUGUCGGUAAAGAUAAUGAAGGUCUAAGAGGCACCAUUGACCCCAAUAAAGUUAAUACCAUCUCUGGAGCUAACUAUUUAACCAUAAACUGCCAAUCGAGUUCUCAAGGCUUAACUGAUUCUCCAAUUAUUAUCGAAAUGUGGCUAUUAAUAUUGAAAUAUAUUAACGAUCUGUGGAAAAUUUGCAAUCAAUUUAUAGAAUUUUGGGAACAUAUUGAAAAGUUCCUCGAUGGGACUUAUCAAAAUUCUAUUAUAAAUGAAAAGAGAAAAGAGAAUAUUUUGAUCGGUGAUUCUAGUAUCAUUGCUUCGUAUCAAAAAAGUUUAAUAUUGAAGGAAGAACAGAUUAACGAUGUUAGAUUGAAGGGUGAGGAUUUCAUCAGUUCCGUUUCCCAAAAGUUACUAUCAUUUUUCACGUCUUCUCAAGCAUCUCUGUCCUUAUCAUUGAAUGAGGAUAAUGCUAGAGAAAGUUCUGGCAGCAAUAGAGAUACUGGAUUGCCUUCAGAUUAUGGAUUUAUACCACCAAAUUGCAAUGGGUUAAGUUGUUUGAGAUAUCUACCCAAAAUAGUGGAACCUAUUUUGAAAUUUUCUACCGAGCUUGCACAAUUGAAUAUUACACCUAACGGAAUUACCAUCUGCAGGAAUACUCUGUCAACUAUAAUCGAUCGUUCCGUAGGUGCUAUAUCCUCUACAAAACUAAGAGAUAUCUCGAACUUUUAUCAAUUGGAGAAUUGGCAAGUUUAUGAAACAGUUACAUUUUCAAGCAAAUCACGGGACAAUAGCAAGAAUUUAACUUUUGAAUAUGGCGUAACACAAUUUCCAGAAAUUGUUAUCUCGUUUCAAGAAGUGAGCAUCAAGACUACCAGGGAUCUAUUAUUUGCAUUCGAGAAAUUGCCAAUUAUUAACGGAAUCUCAGUGGUGAGCUAUCCUUCAAAACAAUUGCUUACAGGCAUAGAAAUUCAACAGAUUAUUUCGAUGGAAGCGGUUCUGGAAGCAAUAUUGAAAAAUGCUGCAAAGGAUAAAGAUAAUCCAAGAAACUCCCAUACUAUCUUAACAUUAACCAAUUUACAGUAUAUCAGGGAGUGCGCAUUUCCCAAUAUUCUUCAGUAUUUUGAUGAUGCAUUUGAGUGGAACUUGUCUUCCAAGAACUUAGAAUUGUUUAGCCUAUUAUCUAAGAUGGAGUCAUCUAUUUUCGGUAACUAUCUAUCUGAUUUAAAGAUCAACUUAAGGGAUAUUCUCGAAGAAAAAUUCCAUGAAAUAAAUUGGCCAAUGUACACAUCAAAUUCAUUUAGAGUAGGUGAUUAUAUUAUAGAAGCGUUGAUGAUUUUGAUUGCUGUUCAUAGCGAGUGCUUUAGAAUCGGACCUCAAUUGAUUCAUAAAAUUCUGAUUGAGACUCAGAUAUUCAUAGCGAGGUAUCUGUUCGAAGCAUUUAAGCCUUAUGUUGGUAAUCUUUCUAAUGAUGGCUCAUUACAGGUCAUAGUAGAUUUAGAAUUUUUCCAAAAAGUUAUGGGCCCAUUACUGGAAAAAGACACCGAGGCUACAUUGAAGGCAUGUCUACAAAACUGUUUCCAAAACGAUACAAGUAGGUUACAGAAAUGUAUUGACGAAAUCAACCCUAUUGUAUCUGCAAAUUUAAAAAGGACUGCUAUUCAAUUUGCAGCGUUUAACCAAAAUCAAGACUGUAAUGACGAUUCAGCAACGAGUAUUAACACACAUUAA